AUGACCACGUUAAUUCCAGCAUCCAGUGCCUGCCAUAUGUUGCAGUUGCCGCCCACAGAAAAGGACGACCGCCUCAACUUGAAUGUCCGCACAGGCUCAGCUUCCGUGCUCUACAAUUCCUAUGUAUUCACUUACGGAGGUUUGACCAUUGGUCUUGAGUUGGAUGACCAUGUCUCCAUAGAUGACAUCUCCGCAAUGUUUUUGCUGCGUAUUGGACCCAACAAGUCCAAGCGUGUGCGUAAAUACUUGUCUGGCGAGCUAUUCUAUCUCGAUCUCAUACUGAAAGUAUGGAAACGGGUGGAGAUCCCGCCAGAUGCCCCUAAACCGAAACCCAGACUUUUCCACGAGUUGGCAAAAGGUGAUGGCUGUAUAUACGUUUUCGGGGGCCUCGUUGUGCCUGAUGACGUGGAUGAGCUACUUGAUCCAUGUCGUUUGGUGCCAUGUAACGAUUUGUGGGAGUUUAAGCUCACCACUGGCUCCUGGCGACAACUCCACGACGGCUCAAACAGAGAUGGUGACCUGACAGUGCCUAUUCCACGUUUCUGCCACAAAAUGACAAUGGUGGGGUCGCUACCUUUUGCCAAGAAGAAGGACCAUUAUGGCCUUAUGAUUGCGGGUGGCUUGAACGCAUCUUCUGCGCCACUAUAUGAUAACGUUGUGUUUGACUUGGUCGAUGACGCCUACUCAGUAUCUGCGGCACCACUAGAGUUUCUGGCCUCUACAGGCGACCCUGUUGUGGACAAGGAGAAGGGACUCUCGAAUUUCACCGCCGUCAACGAAAACCAUAUGAUCAAUGUCAACUAUCUCAACAGUAUCAUCGUCAAUUUCAAAGAAGAUAUCGAGCGCCACACUCUGCUGGGGAAUCCAAACACUACUUAUGGCGCAUUAUCUCACAACAAGUCUACCACGGAACAAGAGUCGAUAAUCAUUUAUUCUCCAACUGUGGAACAGAAAGAUGAUGUCACAGUCAACCCAUUGCUUUCGUUCCGUAUGGGAAAAAAGUUUGGCCGCGGGAAAGUUCUCUCUUUACGCAAGAAGAAGAAAUCUGAAAUUGGAAAACCUCUUAAUGCAAAGAUCAUACGUCAUACUAUUCCACUCAAUUUGCGCUACCCAACAGGUGGUUUAUUCGGUCAGAACUUAGUCAUCACUGGCUUCUUACCAAAUGAUUUCGACAUCUCCAUCUUCAUCUAUAAUAAGCCUACCGGCAAGUGGUCAAGGCUAAACAUUUACUGUAACCACGACUACGGGUCACACAGAUUUUGGGGAGGAUUUGCAUGGACGUCUCAUCACAGAGUGAUCUUACUUGGAAACUACGUCACUUCUAGGACUACAAGCAGUGUCCGUUACUUUUCCUCAAUGAUUACCGUCAGUCUACCUGUGACCAAUAUUCUUGCUUCUUCCGAGUUGGCUGGUGGCCGCUCAGAGGUGGGAAGGAAGUACAAUGUUACAGAAACCAGCUCCACGGAUGAUAAUGUGUCAAACAGCUCGUCUUUUUCGGAAGAGGAAGCCACCUCUGUACUCCUGCAAGUCAGCGAUGGACAAGACCUACCGGAGCCCCACCCAGCUCUGCGAAAGUUCUCUGGUAUCUCAAUGCAAAGCGAGAGUAAAGGAGGACACCAUGCUAUCUCGUUCAACGAGUAUGUCCAUCAUGCUGCACCGAAGAUAAAUUUCACAAAAGUUCGUUCAGUUUUCCCCCCAGCAGCAAUUACCUUGGGAAGAAACGCAUUCGACAGGUAUGGAGACUUGAUAUCAGAUUUCGAGUUGAUUUCCUGCAACGGUGAUAGAAUUCCCGUGUCAUCCACUAUUCUUGUUGAAAGAUGGGGUCCAUACUUCGUCGAUCUCCUUUCCAGAGCAUAUGUGAAAGCAAUUGACAAAUUUGAAACUGAACAAAACGAGGCUAAUCCAGCAAUGCGAUUGAGAUCUUCUAAAAGCAGUGGUGGAAGUACAAGCCUCAAAGGGUUUGGGAAAUCCCAUUCAUCAUCGGGGAGUGAUAUCUCUCAUACUGACGGCGCAUUCGAUGAUGCUGAGUCCAAAAUGCAUUAUCAACUCGCAUUAGCCAAGCCGUCGCCUUCAAACAAGGAGGCUCCGCAGUUCAGACUCCCUUUUCAGGAUGGAAAGUCCUCAAGUUCAAUCAACGAGGUAUCGUCCCAAACGGCCUCCAUAGAUCCGCACAAACUGGAUGUUUCCAGAAAGAAUUCUGUGUCGUCACUUUCCUCAGGACCCUCACUACUUGCAUCGACCCUUCAGGAUAUUCCGCCGCAGCUUCCAUUACCGAGUGAGCCAAUUCCUGCCGUGCCAACAACGCCGGUAUCGUUCAGAUCAACAUCCAGAAAGAAUUCCACUGAUGCAAUGUCGCCUCGUGCUUCCAUCAUUCAUACAUUAACUGCUUUACGAAGCAUUCCAACUAACUCAAGUCCGUUUGCCUCUCCUAGGGGCUCCAUCUCAGCAGCAAGUGAUCCAGCAAUAUCAUUGGGGUUAAAUCAAAAAGUUGAAUCGAUGAAACCUACAGAGAUUCUAUCCGCCUCCGAAACUUCUGGAAGCAGUGCAGAACCUGAAAAGUCGACAUGUAUGCAGCGUGAUGUUUCGUCGUCCACCAGUGAUGUCAUUAAGAAGGCAUCCUCAAGUGCCGAGAGCGUCAAUAUUACCAAAGAAAUGGCUGCAUCAAAUGAUGGUCCGACAUUGUUGGACUUCACCACCAUUGAUCCAGCAACAUUUAGAAUGGAGCCAUCUUUGAUUCCAAGAAAGCUAUACUUUCCUUUCGGCACAACCACUUUGAAAGCAUUUUGUGAAUACUUGUACACUGGGCAAGUUGGGAACAAAUGGACUCUCAAACCUAGUGCUGUUGAUUGUAUGGUUAUUGCUAGAUAUUUCAGAGUACCGCUCCUUUAUGAUUUGUUGUUAGAAGUUCUUUACGGAAUCAUAGGAAGAAAAGAAAGUCUUAUCGUGAAAGAAGGCAACAAAUUGAAGAGAAAGAUAGGUGAAGUUCUUAAAGACAUGAAUACACCUUCUAAGGCGCCUUUGAAGUCUCCUCUAGAUGAAUAUGAGGGAUUUAUGGACACUGUUGACGACGGAUAUUUGGACAUUGCUCUAUUGCGCAAAUCAUCAAGUCUUCACAAGGCCAGUGUAUCCACGUUGGGAAGCGGGAAGAAGAAGUACUCUACGUCUUUAGGGAUGAGUGUCUCUGAGGAAAGCGAUGACAUGACCAGAGAUUACUUUCUGGAGAAGCCGGACCUCAGCAAGGAGGACCCCAAGUCACCCAGAGAUGGAAUUGACGCGGAACAGGAAAAUUUGGAGGACGAUAACACCACAGACAACAGUGAAGAAGAUGAGAACCACAUUGAGAGAUCUUUACACUAUUUGGAUUAUCAAGAGCGGAGAACCGCCCUUGGACCAAGAUCAAGAUCUGUGUUUGACAGAUCGUUCUAUGACGCAACAGCACAAGCCUACAUUGAUCAAGAUGAGCUAGACGACGAUGAAGAGCGUGCUGCUGAUAUGACGUUGGAGCAGUUGGUCUCGCCGGAUUGUCCAGAACCCAGCAAUUCCACGAUUGAUGUGAUCUAUGAGGUUGCUUCGAUGUGUACAGAUGUCAAAUUGAUGUUGCGAACUAUGAAUGUUAGACACAUGGUACGGGCUCUUAAACAAACAAGAGAUGAGUACAACCGAUUAUGUGAAAAGGCCAAAGUCCAGGCACAGAAUAAGAAAGAGGAAGAAUCAGAGCAGAGGCCAUCCGUGUCAUCGAUCACUUCGUUCAGGCCCCAAGGACCCGUUGAACACCGCAGUUACGGCGAUCUACUGAUUUCUUCGAUCGGACCCGGAACCCCGGGAAGCGUUAAUAGUAGUUCUGCAAAGUUGGAACCUAUUCGCUCGUCCUCAUCGUUAGCCACUACUCAAUCAGUCAAAUCGGAAGCCAUGUCACGAAGUGCCACUAACAUGAAGUUCACGCCCUUCAAGAGUUCAAAAACAGAAUUGAUAGAUUCUAACAAAAAGUUGGACAAAAGAAUUACACAAAUGAUUAAGAAGGAUGAGAAGAUAAUGCAGAAGCAAGCAAAAGAGAAAAAGUUGUUUGGAAGGCGCAUGGCUAGUCCUGGGGAAACACGGAACGACGACAGCGACAACAUGUCGAUUAUUUCUCGUAACACAAUUCAGGAGGACCAGCUGGACUUAAUUUCCAUCACAGGGAAGAAAAAAUUGUUCAGGUUUGCUAAGGCGAAGAAUGAGGAAGUCACUCCAGAACUGAUUUCACGCUCCAAGCUGACUUCAAGUUUGAACUCUUCUACAAGUGCGAAAACUUCUGCUAGUGCAAAAACUUCGUCAAGCAAGGCAUCUAGUCAAAAGAAACUGAAGCGGAGCUUAUUCGGACUUCGCAAGAAAUAA